ACGACAUGUCUGGAUACCCGGGCCAGGGCUACCACGGGGCGUAUUCAGGCCCACCCCCAGGCCAAUAUCCUCAGCAUUAUGGCUAUGCUCCCCAUAAUGGUUAUGGUCACCCAUCUCCCAGUCCAGGGUACGGAUAUCAUCAACCGCCACCACCACCACCACCACCACCGCAGAAUUAUGGCGGCUAUCAUCAGCCACCACCCCAACAGUAUGGUUACAACCAGCAGUCGCACUAUGGUCGUCAAUGUAGACACGAUGCCCUGCUUUUGUCGGCGGACUGCUGACAAGCCAUUGGAACGCUCGACAACAGUCCCUCCCUCCGGCCCGCCCUCGUACGGAAACGCGCCUCCACCGCCAUCGGCUCCCCAGAAUUUCGGCCACGGCGCCCCGCAGAACUAUCACUAUCAGUAUUCGCAAUGCACCGGAAAGAGGAAGGCGUUGAUGAUUGGCAUCAACUACUUUGGCCAGCGAGGCCAGCUCAGAGGCUGCAUCAACGAUGUCCGGAACAUGUCAAACUACCUGAUCGAAAACUACAACUACAAGCGCGAGGACAUGGUACUCCUGACCGAUGACCAGCAGAACCCCAUGAGCCAACCGACCAAGCAGAACCUCCUGCGCGCAAUGCACUGGCUAGUAAAGGAUGCAAGGCCAAACGACUCUCUCUUCUUUCACUAUUCCGGUCACGGCGGACAAACAAAAGACCUCGACGGAGACGAAGAAGACGGCUACGACGAAGUCAUCUACCCGGUCGAUUUCCGACAAACGGGGCACAUCACGGACGACGAAAUGCAUCGAAUCAUGGUGAUGCCCCUGCAGCCGGGAGUGCGUCUCACGGCCAUCUUCGAUUCUUGCCAUUCGGGAACCGCCCUGGAUUUGCCGUACAUAUAUUCGACUCAGGGCGUCCUCAAGGAGCCGAACUUGGCAAAGGAGGCCGGCAUGGGCCUCUUGGACGCCAUGCAAGCCUACAGCCGUGGCGAUAUGGGCGGCGUUGCCAGCAACAUUAUUGGAUUUUUCAAAAAGGCCACUAAUGGCGAGGAGGCCCGCAACAUCACAUUGGCGACCAAGACGUCACCUGCCGACGUCAUCAUGUUUUCGGGAAGCAAAGACGACCAGACAUCUGCCGAUGCGGCCAUAGCAUCACAGUACACGGGCGCCAUGUCAUGGGCUUUCAUCACGGCAUUAAAGAAGAAUCCCCAACAAAGCUACGUUCAGCUGUUGAAUAGCAUCCGAGAUGAGCUGGCGACUAAAUAUACCCAGAAGCCACAACUGUCGUGCAGUCAUCCUUUGAACACGGAUCUAAGGUUCAUCUUGUAA